ACACACCCCGAGACGAGCAGGAUAUAUAAGCCAGCGUAAACCAGUCACGCGGCUUUUUAUUCAGACAAGCGACCGCAUCGUGUCUUUCUGCAGAAGCUAAUAGCCGGAAAGUGGACAUUAGGUUCUGUGCGCGAAAGGUGGGUGCGUGCAUUGGAUGUUGUUGAAGCCAGGAGAGUGUGCCGUGUAGGUUUCUGCGCAGCUCUUGUUGCUUCGACGGUGCCAACGCUGUUCGACAUGAAGACCGCCGUGGUGCUGGUGCUGGUCGCCUGUUUCGUGGCUGUGGCAACGAGCGCGAAAGACCGUGCUACCAGCCGCCGUCAGCAGUUUGACAACUGGAGGGGCUGCAUGGUGCAAAAGAUCCCCAAAGACAAAGCACCUGUGUACGAAGCUUGCCACAACCGCUCCCGUGGGACCGACAUGCACAGGUUUAGAGACGGCCUGCAGUGCGUUCUCUCCAGCUACAAUAUCGUUAACAAGAACGACGUCAACCUGGAGCGCAUGGCUCAAUUGGCGAAGGACAUCACACAGCAGGACCUGAAGGGUGCCUUCCAAGAAUGCCCCAAAAACGAUCGGAACAAGAGCCUCCAAAGAACUGUCAAAUGCGUCAUUGACCACCUUGAGAAAGUGAGUGCCAGUUUGUUCUCUCUGAUGGUGAUAACUGGCUAA